AUGGGAACCAGGAAAAACCCAAAUAUGAUGGGGAUUAUUUCUCGUUUGAAGGUGGAAAUGCCCGGGGGCAGAGCCCGUGGCCGGACGUUCCGGAGGGCCGGAUCCACAAGAGUCAGUUUUAUGUCUACCAACUCACAGGCCUCCAUCAAAACGCUAAGCGGCGUAGAGUCUGAAUUUCUCCAUUCUGCCGAAUUUGGAGACAUUCCCAGUGUGAAACGCAUGGUGGCAGAAAACCCGGAUCUUAAUGUGGACUGUAUUGACAUCUUGGGAAGGACAGCUCUCAAAUUAGCCGUGAAAAACGAACAUUUAGAGAUUGUAGAACUUUUGUUGGACAAAUCUAGCAUUAACCACAUAUACGAAGCGGCACUGCAGGCCAUCAGCGCUGGGCAUAUACAGAUUGCCGAGUGUAUCCUGAAACACAAACGCUACCUGGACCUCACCAGGGACAGAAGAAAAUUCGGUGCGACGGAUGACUUCUUUACCGCCUUGGAUCUGGACGAAUCCCAGUUUUCUCCGGACUUAACUCCCCUGAUUUUAGCGGCUCAGAAAAACCAAUAUGAAAUUGUGCAAUUGUUACUUCUCCGAGGAGAGAUAAUUCCCCGACCCCAUCGAUUCAACUGUCACUGCAAGGAGUGCUCUAACAAGAACGAGUUUGAUCAGCUGAGGCUGGCCAUUUCCCGCCUGAACGCUUAUCGAGGGUUGGCCAGCGAGGCAUACGUCUCUCUCAACAGUAAAGAUCCCAUACUAGCCGCCUUCGAACUGGCCUCGGAACUGCGCAGGUUAGCGCAUGUGGAGAAAUAUUUCAGAACGGAGUAUUAUCAGUUAGCCGACAACCUGAGUGACUAUGUUGUCAAGCUUCUGGACCGUGUCCGGACCCAUGAUGAGCUGGAGAUGGUCCUCAAUAAAGCUGGCAAAGGCGGCACAGAAUGCUUCAAUAGGCUUGCUCGCUUCAAGCUGGCCCUACGCUACGGAGAGAAAAAGUUUGUGGCUCACCCGGCCUGCCAGCAGCGAUUGGUGAAUAUUUGGUAUGCCGGCAUGAGGAAGCUAGAGCGGUCUAGCUGGCCACAGAGGUUCACGCUCAUGCUAGGAUUUGUCAUCCUCUAUCCUGUCCUGUUUCUCAUAUACCUCGUUGCCCCUGGUAGCAAGGCAGCGAGGAUGAUGAAGUAUCCGUGCGUCAAAUUCUUCAUUCACGCCGUCUCUUUCGUCACUUUCCUCGCCCUGAUCAUUACAUCUACCGCUGAGACGUCGUUCGGACCGAGAAUAAACCAGACGUUGGCCUUCCUUCACCCGGACGUCUAUUCGCAUUACGUCAAGUUUCGGAACGUCAGUGGUAUUAAGUAUUUCGACCCUGAUAUCACCUUAAGGCCAUUCAAGCCCACGAUAUUCCAGGUUCUUCUGGCGUUAUGGAUUGUAGGCUUCCUUUGUCAAGAGUGUAGCCAGUUGUACACAGACGGAGCUACCGCGUACAGGAAGUCUCUAUACAAUAUGCUGGACUACACCGUACUCUGCAUCUACACGGCGUCCUUCACACUGUUUGCUAUGAGCAUGAUCAAGGUUCACUUGUCCUUGGACUACUUGCGUCAUGCUAGUGACACGGAAUUCGAAGCAGAGAAAGAGUAUUAUUACACCUACUGGCUCAAUGCAGAUCGGUUCUACUGGAACUCAUUUGAUCCUAUCAACAUCGCUGAAGGAUUGUUCGCUAUCGGCAACAUUAUCAGCUUUUCUCGGAUAUCUUACUUGCUGCCUGCUAAUGAAACACUCGGUCCAAUGCAGAUUUCUCUUAGCAGAAUGAUCAAGGAUAUUUUGAAGUUCCUUGCUGUGUUUAACUUGGUGAUGGUAGCGUUUCUGGUGGGAUUGCACAACCUGUUCUGGUACUACAGCGCCAGCGACUCCAUUGAGACGGUCAACAAGAACAUUACUACUAAAGCUGAGAUCUACUUUGGGAACGUGGUGGACACAUUUCGGACGGUCUUCUGGUCACUGUUUGGCCGCGGAGAGCCGUCUGUGGUUCAGUUGAACGGAUAUGACAACACGUUGACGGAAGACAUUGGCUACAUCAUCUAUGGGGCGUACAAUGUGGCCAGCGUCACGGUGCUGCUUAAUAUGCUUAUCGCCAUGAUGACACGAUCCUUUGAGAAUAUUGCCGAAGACGCCGAUGUUGAGUGGAAGUUUGGACGCAGUCAACUUUACAUGGAUUAUAUUUCCCGGCAUUCCGUACUUCCGGUGCCUCUUAAUCUCCUCACGGUCCCGAAAGGAAUUGCUCACGUGAUCCGCGAUCUGUGUGGCUGUUGUUCAUGUUGUAGUUGCACUGGGGAGGAUGAAAUUGAUUCCACUCGCAUCAAAAUGCGCAGGAAUGGACACUCGAACGGCAAGGACAACAGUGCAUAUGAAACUUCAGUGAGUGAACACACAAUAUUUGACCCCAAAAGACUCUCCAACAAGGCUGACCAGGUGGACAUGAGGACUGGGCGAAUGAAAGAAGUGCUGACUUACGAGAAAGUGAUGCAAAGAGUAAUAAAACGGUACAUAUUUGAAUUGGAAAGAGAAGCGGAAGUGACAGAGGACGAUUUCGAGGAGAUUAAGCAAGAUAUUUCGAGCUUUAGAUACGAAAUGCUGAAUUUGUUGAAAGUACGGGAUGAGUUCAUUGGUGACGGUACGAAUAUGACGAAGAUCGCCCACAUGCUGCAGUGUCUUCGAGAGGACAUGUUUUCUCUAGUGAAAACCCAGGGGUCUCUGGGCCCCCAGGCCCUGUCUCGCGUCAAACCAAAUACCCCAUUAUCUGCCAUGUCGUCCCCGGCGCUGAGAAAGAGGAUUACGGAGGAAACACCGUCCUUUGACAUGGAAGACUCGACUGUCGACAACACUGUCCAAGAAACUGAAAAUCAGGCGAAACUGCAACGAGACCAUUCCAUGUAA